AAAGAUAGGUUUUAGAAGAGGAGAAAAUGCAAUCCCUUCAACGCAUAUUUACCCAACUAUCUAUUAAAACCAACAUCAAAACCCCAAACUUCGGGGUUUCAUCCAAUUUACCAAAAUGUUUUUCCACUGAAAAUGAAAGCGGCAAUAAUAACAAGAACGAACCCGAUUGGGCGGCCCAUUUCGGUGGGACAGGGUCGUCCGAUUCCGACCCGUUGGGAUGGGACGUGGGUCCGUCCUCGUGGUCUACUGGGCUAACGAAGGAGCACUUUGACGGUGAAGUCAUUGGACAGAAGGUGGAACCUGGUUCUGAUAGAGGUCGGACCAAUGGCGGUGGCUCGGAUCAGAAUCGGGGCGGUGUAUCGAGUCAGAAUCGGACUGGGAACUGGUAUUCCGAGGCUAGGUGGAUGGACAUGGAGUUGGCGAAGGUUAAGGAGUUGGAGUUGGAGUCGGAGAACCGCAGGGGGAAGGCUUUUGUGGAUGGCUGGGAUGAUAGAAUGAAAGAAAUGACUUAACUGCUGAAACG